AUGAGCCUCAAACAAGCUUACCCUUGGAUCCAAGAACCUCUGGUCGCAAGUGCCCCCAUGCGACUCAUCGCCCUCGCGCCCCUCGCCGUCUCAGUCUCCCUCGCCGGUGGCAUAGGCUUCCUAGCCGCCGGCACUGACACCACCACACUCUCCGACAACCUCAACUCUGCCCGCUCUCUUCUAUCCAAGCAUCAUCCCCCCCUCCAAACCGCCCACCCAGACCUCCUCCCCAUAGGCGUCGGCUUCAUAACCUGGGGCGCCUCGCUCCCAGCCGCAUUCGACAUCCUCCGCAAGCACCCCCCAUCCGCCGUCUGGCUCUUCGCGCCGCGCAGCCCAGCCGAGCUAACCGAGUGGGCGACCGCCGCGCGGGACGCCACAGCCGGCCGGACAAAAGUGUGGGUGCAAGUAGGGAGCGUUGCGGAAGCAGUAGAAGCAGUGAAAGCCUGCGCGCCAAACGUGCUAGUCGUGCAAGGCACCGACGCAGGCGGGCACGGCCGAGCACGAGGCGCAGGGAUCGGGGCGCUGGUGCCCGAAACCGUAGACGCGGUCGACGCACUAGCAAGCAAAGAAAACGACAGGAGUGGCGGAGCGGGCAUGAAGCCGGUGAUUGUGGCCGCGGGCGGGAUCACAGAGGCACGCGGCGCGGCCGCGGCGUUCGCGUGCGGCGCCCAGGGCGUGGUGCUCGGGACGCGGUUCCUGGCGUGCCCGGAAGCAACGCUGCCGGAGGGCUACAGAGACGCGGUUGUCCGCGCUGUGGACGGGGGACAGAGCACGGUGCGUACGGGUGUGUACGAUGAGCUGCGAGGGACGACGGGGUGGCCGCCGGGGUAUAAUGGGCGAGGGGUCGUGAAUCGGAGUUUUGUGGAUGCGGAGGCGGGGGUUGUGAGCCUGGAGGAGAAUAAGCGGCUGUAUAAAGCUGCGGUGGAAGGGCCGGGCGGCGGGUUUGGCGUCGAGGGCCGCGCGACGACUUAUGCGGGAGCGGGGGUGGGGUUGGUGAGAGAUGUGAGGCCGGCGGGAGAGGUGGUGCGCAAGCUCAUCCCGUAUGCUUACUCACUAGACAAGGCCGCCGAUGCCCCCCUGAAAUGGGAAGGCAAAUCAAACUUCUUCUAA